UUACAUCAUCAAGAGUGAAUGACUGAAGCCGGACCAGUGCCGGGAGUUUUACACUUUUCUCUCUUUUUCAGUAUCACAUUUAUCUUCCUAAAUAAUCAGCACCAUACACGUUGGUGUGCCAGCGGCAGAUUUCUGGAGACAUGGCCACAGAACAUAUUAAUGGAAAUGGUCCAGAAGAACCAAUGGACACCUCUGCAGUUACCCAUUCUGAGCACUUCCAGACUUUAUUAGAAGCUGGUUUACCACAGAAAGUUGCUGAAAAACUAGAUGAAAUUUACCUAGCAGGUUUGGUGUCACACAGUGAUUUAGAUGAUCGAGCGAUUGAGGCUCUGAAAGAAUUCAACGAGGAAGGUGCUCUCCAAGUCCUUUUGCAAUUCAAGGACAGCGACCUCUCACAUGUUCAGAACAAAAGUGCCUUUCUUUGUGGCGUGAUGAAGACGUACAGACAGAGAGAGAAACAAGGGACCAAAGUGUCAGACACCAACAAAGGACCAGAUGAAGCCAAAAUCAAAGCUUUGCUGGAGAGGACUGGCUACACACUUGAUGUGACAACAGGACAGAGGAAGUACGGUGGUCCCCCACCAGAGUCUGCCCAUUCAGGGGCACAACCCACCAUUGGUACAGAGAUUUUUGUAGGAAAAAUCCCCAGAGAUCUUUUUGAGGAUGAACUGGUUCCACUGUUUGAGAAAGCUGGGCCCAUAUGGGACUUGCGCCUGAUGAUGGAUCCCCUAAGUGGCCUGAACAGAGGCUAUGCCUUUGUCACUUUCUGCACUAAAGAAGCUGCACAGCAGGCUGUCAAAUUGUGCAACAACAAUGAAAUUCGACCAGGAAAACACAUUGGAGUGUGCAUCUCUGUGGCCAAUAAUAGACUGUUUGUUGGCUCCAUCCCCAAGAGUAAAACGAAAGAGCAGAUUGUUGAAGAAUUUGCGAAAGUAACAGAGGGUCUAAAUGAUGUCAUAUUGUACCACCAGCCAGAUGACAAGAAAAAGAAUCGAGGUUUUUGCUUCCUUGAGUAUGAAGAUCACAAGACGGCAGCUCAGGCCCGGCGCCGACUAAUGAGUGGCAAGGUCAAAGUUUGGGGAAAUUUGGUCACAGUGGAGUGGGCUGAUCCCAUUGAGGACCCAGACCCAGAGGUCAUGGCCAAGGUCAAGGUGCUGUUUGUGAGAAACUUGGCGAGCACUGUUACAGAGGAGAUACUUGAAAAGACCUUUAGCCAACACGGCAAGCUGGAGCGAGUGAAGAAGUUGAAAGACUACGCCUUCAUACACUUUGAGGAACGAGAAAGUGCUGUGAAGGCUUUGACCGAUCUUAAUGGCAAAGACCUCGAAGGAGAGCACAUUGAAAUUGUCUUUGCCAAGCCACCUGACCAGAAGAGGAAAGAGCGUAAAGCCCAGAGACAAGCCGCUAAAACACAAAUGUAUGAUGAUUACUAUUAUUACGGUCCCCCCCACAUGCCACCACCAACAAGAGGCAGAGGACGAGGCGGUAGGGGAGGUUAUUCUUAUCCGCCUGAUUAUUAUGGAUAUGAAGACUAUUACGAUUACUAUGGAUAUAAUUACCACAACUACCGGGGCGGCUACGAUGACCCGUACUAUGGCUAUGAGGACUUCCAAGCAUCUGGGAGAGGAAGAGGAGCAAGAGGAGUCCGUGGUGGUGCCAAUCAGACCAGGGGCCGUGGUGCUAUCACUCCAAGGGGUCGAGUGGGCUUCUCCCAACGAGGAGGCCUCGGAACAAUCAGAGCAGGGAAACGGGGCCGAGGGCGGUCCUGACCUGUCACAGUGGAUACUGACUUGAUAUGUGGGGUUACACCGUAAGCUGCAAUGGAUGUCGAAACAACAAGCAUGAGAAAAAGGUCCAAUGAUAUUCCAGCCUUACAGAAGAAGCAUCUCCCCUCCUCUAUAUUUUAACUCACUUUAGCCCUUUUCAGACAUGGGAUAAUGCAUAACUAUAAUCUCUUUAGUGGUGUCAUUCUGCCAAUCAGACAUGGGUCACUUUUACAUUAAUAUUCAUCAUGGCAUCAUUCAGAUAUGCCUUCGAUAAUGCAUGCAAAAGAAUUGUUACUUUAUGGCAACAAAUUUUGUCAGCAUCGACUCAAAAUGUAACCAUGUUUUUGAACGCUCGCGCUCUCUGCGCUGUUAAGGUUUUCCAUGCAGAGUAGGAGAUGCAUCUCUUAUGGAUCGUGAAGAAAUGUCAUGAGAGAUAAGAUGGUAUAGGGCAAGUUUUGCUCUUGAACACUUUCUUUUGUGAGCCGAGCAGUUUAGAGCGUCAACAUGAACUGUCUAUCUUGGGUGUGCCCAUCCGUUAAUGUUACUGUGUACAGUUCAACCUUAUGCUGUGUUUAAAGACUUGUUACUAGGUCCAACCUAGUAAGCUUACCAAUGCAACUUUCAUGGAAAAGUGACCUGGGUGCUCAUGCAAAUGAAGCCACCAUGUUCAGAUUAUUGGAGAGUAGUGCAUGUCUGAAAAGGGCUCAUUUUUUUUGUUUUGUUUUGAAGCUGCCACCUUAUAAAAUGACUGGAGGAGUCUGAAUACUUGCCACAGCCUCUUUGCUGAGUCCCUGUUCCUUGACGGGGACCUAUGAAUUGCCCUUACAAUCUACCCCUUCCCUGUCCCUGAACAUGCCAUUUUUAUUUUUUUUUUAAUUAAUGACGAAAUUGCACUUUUUAAGUUCUUAGGUUUGAAGUGGCUCAAAGGAGCUUGAUGCUAUUGUAUAUUUUUGUGCUAAUCGGAAUUUUUAUUGUCGGAAUAUCCAUGUUAAUCUUAAUUGUUUGAUCUGGAUGUUUGAAAGAGAACAUUUGCAGGGUUUUAGGGUGUACCCACCUGGCAUGGAUAAGUCAGGCAUUCCAGGAAAGUGGUUCUUUUCAGAACUUGUCUUUAAAGGGUUGGUUGACUACCUCAGUACAGAGGACUAAACUACCCGGCCUGUACUGUAAAUAGGGAAACUAUAUCGAUGAAAGCAGGGCUUGUUUUCAUACAAAAUAUGCACAAGAGCUGCAGCGCAAAAACGAUGUACUUAAUGUAAUAUAGUCAUUUUAGCUGCAGCUCUGCAGACUGCAAACAGUCACACCGGGCAUGCAAAACAAUCUCAUAUGAUGAGUCUGAACAAGCCCUGCUUUUAUCUUAUUUUGAACUGAAUUAGCUGCCUUGCUUAUUCAGAGUAUGUAGUUACUGGUUGUAUAGUUUUUCGGAAAAUGUUACUUUUGUAAAGGCUUCAACAUCACGGGCAUCCAACUGCCUUUGAUUAAAAAAACAAUAAAAAAAACAAACAAAAAUAAAGCCCUGCAGUGUCCCUUUUGUGCCACUGUAUUCUUCCAGUGGGUUUGUUUUUAUACCAAUACAACACAUUUUCAGACAGCAUCGGAAUAAUGUAAGAGCCUAAUCCAAUCCUUCCUCUUAUAAGAUCGUGUUAAUCUCGAAUGAUCCCUCCCCAGUACAGCAACUAUGUAGAAGAUCUCUGGAGUUAAUCUUAUUGGAUGACUGACUUGCCAUAUUGCCCAGCCAGUGAGCAUGUGUGCCUAACAUUAGCUGCUAUGAUUUGGUGAGGGAUCAUGGUCUCACAGUGGUAGAAGGGAUACUGCAGUGAAUGAUUUCUACUUCCAGGUAUAGCAUAAAGGAAACUGCUCUUCAAUCCCAGUUUUCUAUACAGUUAACUCCCUCAGUAAAAUCAUAACAACCACCUUUUGAGAAAAAAAAUGUUAGCAGUUUUAAACUAUUGUUGGUGGCCAACAACGUUUUUUGCAUUCCUGCAAAUAAAUUGUUUUAUACUGUAAAAUGGAGGUGAGUGUAACUUAUUUUUGUAAUAAAGUUUUUGAUUUUUA